UACAGAGUUCCCAUUCAGUACAGCUGGCCGGUAAAUCUUCCUGACUGGCCAGCAGUCUACGGGGUAGAGGAAAUAAAUCCAGAUCGUUUCGACACUGCUGAGAUUUGAACUCUGAAACAUCUCAAAAGAGGAACUGAAAAAUUCUUUGUGAUUUUGCAAUGGGAAAACACAACAGCAAACUAGCUCCUGAGGUUUUGGACGACCUAACUAGGAGCACAGAAUUCAACGAGAGUGAGCUCAAACAGUGGUACAAAGGUUUCCUCAAAGACUGUCCCACUGGUAUACUCAACCUUGAAGAGUUUCAGCAGCUGUAUGUUAAGUUUUUCCCAUAUGGUGAUGCAUCUAAGUUUGCUCAGCAUGCUUUUCGAACUUUCGACAAAAAUGGGGAUGGAACAAUUGAUUUCCGGGAGUUUAUCUGUGCCCUCUCUAUCACAUCCCGGGGGAGUUUUGAGCAGAAGCUAAACUGGGCUUUCAACAUGUAUGACCUAGAUGGAGAUGGCAAGAUCACUCGCACAGAGAUGUUGGAAAUCAUUGAGGCAAUUUAUAAGAUGGUGGGAACUGUGAUUAUGAUGCGUAUGAAUGAAGAUGGCCUGACCCCCCAGCAGCGUGUGGACAAGAUCUUCAGUAAGAUGGACAAAGAUCACAAUGAUGAGAUUACACUGGAGGAGUUCAAGGAGGCAGCUAAGAGUGAUCCUUCCAUUGUGUUACUUCUUCAGUGUGACAUGCAAAAAUAGAGGCAAGGUGCAGUAGUGGGAGUGGAAGGCCAGGAUAGGGCACAGUUUGUCAACCUGUCAGAACCUGUAAAACACAAGAGGAGGGGCUCUGAGAAUGUCCAAUAUUCUGUUUUUAAUGUAUGCAUUUUGUAAAUCCUGAGCCUGUGUAUUUUUAUCUAUGGUGAAGUAUGAUGUAGCAGUACUAGAGUAUCUGAUAUGAUUCUUGUUAUAAUUCAGAUUUUGAAUAUUUUCACUUCUUCAAGUGACAUUGCUACUUUUUGGUUUUGACAAGUUUACAAUCUUGAUACAGUUAUGCCACCUUUGUCCACUGUGUGUCACUAAUGGUGUUUUGUGAGCUUAAGCUUUACAUCCAGGCCUUCCCAAAUUGCCAGCCCUCCACUUACUCUUCAGUGCUAUAUUCACACUUGGAACUCACUCUGUUUUUUUUAUCUAAGGCCAGAAGACUGUGACCACAGUCAUUUAAUAAGAUAGGGGCAUUUUGGUGAAACAAACUCCAAAUGACAGUAUUUUACAUGAACUGUUAGCAAUAAACAUGAAGUCAAGUGCACCACUUGCCUGAUGAGAACUCACAAAAGAAAACUGCAAUGGACAUCCUUUUGCAUUCUUUUUGCAUAGUAUUUGAAAUGGAAAAUGAGGAAGGGAUGUAUUCUCUAUUUUUUUUUUGUGUGUGUGUGUGUGUGUAUAUAUCUGUUUCUGUGUUUUAUGUGUGUCAGAGGGGUGGAGUGGUAUUUUUGUAUUGGGGUAAAGGUUUAUUACAGUUAUGUGAGAAAUAAUUAGAGGUUUGUUGAAAUUGUUUUCCAUAAAGCCCAAUAAUUCAUUAUUAUUUGAACAAAACAAGGCUGGGUGCUGCAAAAUAGUUAUCCAUCUCAACUGAAACUGAAUAGUGUAGUGCCAAUGCGAACUGAAUGGAGUGUCCACAAUUUUUAAUACCAUGAUUUUCAGAAUGUAAAUAUGAUAGUAAAGAACAUCAUCCAAAAUUGUAUGAUUUUCCUCUUUGAUGUAUAGUGGUUUAAAGCAAGAACUUAUUCUAAACACAAGCUUACUUUUUGAUGGAGAAAGACUGUGCAAUCAUAUAUUUUUUUAGCAUUUUAUCUUAAUUAUCUCUUUACUUGUGAAUGUGUCACAAGCACUCUUAGAUUAAGUAGUACAGAAAACAUAAACGUUAUCACUGCUCAAAAAAAAAAAAAAAUUUAAAUUAGUCUUUCAAUUUUCAAACUACCGUAGGUGUCUCUCUUUUGCUAGAAUUGGUUUUUACAUAACUAUAUGCCUUACAGCAUAACUAUCCCUUAAACAACCUUGUAGAAGAUUAAAGGUGCGAUUUACACCUCAUCACAUCUUAACUUCCUUAUAAGAGGUGAACACACAAUCUUGAUUACGUGCUGCUUCAAUUUUAAUGACACUUUUAUUUUGAAUAGAAUUAUCUUGGGUCAGUUAUAAAAAACACAUAUAUUAUUCACAUUUACUCCAGCCUUUAUUCAAACUUCAGUGAGAUAAUAACAUGAACAAAGAACAAUUUAGAAGCAUCUCAGAAAUUUCUAUAUUCUUACAAAUCUUCAAUUUUGCAGUAGAUAACAUUUAUUCCAGUUAAAAUAUCAGUUUGGUAAGACAGAAAGAGUUUCCCAGUUUCCCACUAGCUACUCAUUUCUACAGGUGAUGAUGUAUAACAGUGAAUUAACUGUUUAGAAAUAAACCACUGAGCUCUUCCAGUAACAUUAGCCACUAAAUCCUCUGUUCCCUUAAAACUGGACACAGCUUUAUCUCUUGUCUGCUGGGCUAAUUAUUUUUACUUCUCUAUAUGCAUCGGAAUGUAUCUUGUCUUUUACAUAUUUUAAUUUUAUUUUGUAUGUGUUUGUGGGAAUGCUUUUCUGUAAAAUAAAAUACUUGAGGGAGAAUAGACUAGAUUAAUUUGGUGACCACUUUAGAGUUUCUUCUGCAAACAGGCACAAUGUUUGCAUUGCUGUCGUGUAUAAACUAGUGCACGCACAUUGUGAGUUUAAAGGCAGAGUUUCCAGCAUCUUUAAGAAACCACGCUUUUGCAGAAUAUGUCUACUCCCAAAGAGCAUAUAAACUGGCUUUAUAAUUUUCCAAGAAGCAGCCACAUUUUGCCUUCAUUUUGUAUACAUAUUGUAGCAACCGCAAGAUACGGGCACGCGAUUCCUACACUUCACAACCCAAAGGGAAGUGGACGAUAAUAGUAGCAUUACCAUAUUCGGUCAUAGGCCCCUCUUGUCCCCAUAUGCACGUCCUUAUAUAACUGGCAAAAAAUCUCACGCAAAGGAAAGUGGGACUGAAAAAUAUACUAACAUUUACUAUUUACAUUUACUUGCCCGGUGCCUGAGUGCUCAUUAGUGAACCCCUUUCCCAGACGCCCUCCCCAGCGCCCAAAUCCGAAUCCCUGGUUUGACGUAGACAAUAAACAAAAGAAAAUAAUAAAAAACAAUGUUCUCCGAAAAUGACAAUAAAGAAAAAUUUACUUAAUCCACAUAUUAGAAAAAAUAAAUCCUGCAGUUCAGUUCCUUCCGUAGGGCAGUAGGAAAACACAACAGUCCUCUGGUGGAACGGCUUCUCCGCGGACUAUCACGAAGAAAUGCAAAUUCAGGAAUCUGACUCACCAGACGGGAGCACCCGGAGAACACCAGAACCUGGCCUCUUCUUGGGGAUUCGUCACCAGAUUAUUUCUUCAGGGUGGCCACCCACAAAUAGCAAACGUCCCUGGGUAAAGAAAGAUCCUGAAUGAUCCUUUGAGCGUGGAUAGUCUCUCCUUGCCUUCAGCCUUUUCCUUCCUUUUUUUUUGUUCCCUCCUGCCAUUCCCCUUAAAUAGAAAAAGUUUCACGCAGAAACAUCCUUGCCCCUCUCGGUUGUUAUGGCAACCUCAUGCCAGCAACAGGCAGCUGGAAUAUUUACCGGGCGGGGUCCUCCCAGACUGGAACGUCAACAAAGGUGCCUGACAGGCUAUUUACAAACACCCUUCCAGCCAACAUAAUAAAGUGACAGACAGUCCAGGAGGACAACCCAAAAGUCAAGUUAUGUAGCCUUGCUACAAUAUGGUUUUUUGAAGAAAGAUUAUCUUUUGAGUUUUGUCUAUAUUGACACCCCAGACUGCUCAUGUAGGUGUUCAGUUUGUACAUGUUAACCAUUUCAGUUCCCACUCUGAGCAUAAAUGACUCAUAUUUCAUCAUUCAGUGUAAUUUAUGAAACUUUCUGUUGUCCAUAUAACCUCUACACUUAUAUAAGGUUUAUGUGCUGAAUGUACACAAUAACACAGGCAUUUGAAGUUUUUGUCAAAGAAAUGAACCCAUCUGCUCUGAUUCUGCUCAUGGUCUGAUUUUACUGCCUGGGCACAGUGUUGGUAACAGCUACAAUUCUUCUGACCAGCUCAGGUGUUUUACGUCUGCUGAAUGGUCACUUUCUUCCUGGAGGUAUACCCAGCUAACACUGAGUCAUUUCCCAACUUUUCAUCAGAGUAGCCCAUAUUGUUUUCUGUUCCAGAGUGUCUUAUUGUUUUUUUAAAAUAGCUUGAUGGUUACUUUUACUUUAAGUAUGUAAUUUCACCUCAUCCUUAGGUCUCAUAAUUGCAUUGAAGUUGAAUUCACAGUCAUUUUCCUGAAACCAUUCAAAGCAUUCUUCUAACUUUGAUGAAAACGUCCACUUGCAGAUGGUCAGACUGUUGCCAUAAAGAGAUGUUUCUAAUGACUUAGUGUGAGCCAUAGAAACAUCCCACUUUAUUACAACUCUUAGUCUGUACUGUAGACACUCUUCAGAUGGAUUCAAGUAAUCAUGAGGUUUUGGAUUCAUUCCAUUGCACCUACAAGUAUGAAUAACAAUAAGCCACAAUUUAUCAGACCUUGUGGACCAUUUCCACUACACAACACUGCAACUACUGUCUUAAUUUUCACUAGCAGAAGUGGCACUCAAAGGGAUAAAUAACUAUCAUAACCCAAAAAACCUGAUAUGCUGCCUUUAGCACUGUUGUGCUUACCUUUUAGUCAGCUUACUCUAGUCCAUUUAUUACUCUGUACCAUCAAGUCAUGCCAACUAAAUUUUACUUAAUUUUAUCAGCAGAACAACCUUUGGUUAGAUGUUUUAUCGGCCUAUGGCCAUUCUUGAUGUACCUUUGACACUGUCAGGCUUGCAAUUUCCAAUAUACCCAUACCAAUGUGACAAAAAUACAUUUUGAUUCUUAGACUUGCACAUUCUACCUCUAAACUGCACUUGCUUGAUCAUUUGGCACCUAUCUGUGCGCUUUGUCAGCAUAUACAAUCCUGUCACUGAUUGAGCAAAUUAUGAAGUCAGACAAGAAGGUGCAGCAAAAGGUGUGCAUUUAACAUAAACUUUCUGUGCUUUAUAUGCUUUCAGUUUUGUUCUUGUCUUCACAAAUGAACAAUAUUACUAUAUGUUCAGAGGUUUACUAUUUUUAAAGGUUUUGUCAGCUUCAUACUUUUGCUUAAGAUGACCGUUCUCUCUUACCCAUUCAGCUUUAUUUCUGUAGCAUGUAUUCAUUGUGCUACAUUCAUCAGUCAAUUCAUCUUUAUUUUAUAAAGCAUGUUUCACAGAGCACAUCACCAAAAACGUUUUGUGUUGAAAUCAGUGAAAUAAAACACUCAACUUUGCCCCCACAUACAUUUAAAAAUGUAUUUAUAAAUUCUUAAAGCUCCCAGUCUUCUCUGCUUGCAGUGCAGCUACACAUUUCAUUCUAGUGAUCUACAGUAGGCCUGACUGAAUCAUCUACUAGAAUACUUUCCUACAGCCCUUGCUCUGUACAAGAGCCUGAUUUCUGAAAGUAUUCUAAAAUUUAAGUAAGCUGCUAAUUUAAGUUAUCCACCGUAUGGUAUCUGUACCUGUCACAUUAGUUUUUUAUGCCAAUAAUUUGAUGAAGCAUAGAGUGAAAUAAGCCACACAAACAUCAGAUAUAGAACAUGCAGCAAAAAUACGAUUAGCAGAAUAAAACUCAAUUUAUGGACAACAAAUCACAUGAAAAGAAAAGACAGAUCUCAUUCCAUACAAGAAUAAAACACUCCACAGGGCAAGGGUUUAAGGUGGUGCAUGGCAGUGAUUAUUUCAGGAUGAUUUAAAAAAAAAUUGUCAGACCUAGCAGGCUGUAACACUGAAAAGACAAACAGAUACUGACCAAAAGGAAAUGGCAAAAUAAACUUGUAAUCAUUAAGUGGGCAGAAAGUCAAAACCAAAACUUGAAAACUAAGCUAAUUUUAUUUUGCUAGAAAAAUGUUAAUCCUUUGUGAAAAUGAAGCAGUCCAGGCAAUCACUCAGCAUGCCAUGUGAUCAUAUCCCUUAUCAUCUGACAGACAUUCUUAGAACACACCCCCAUAAGAUGGCAUAGCAGCCAGUUCUAAAAUGGUGGCAUCUGAAGAUGUUACCAACAUCACUGAAUACUAUAGAAGAUAACACAAAAUUAAAUUAAAUAGCUGUAAAAUUUAUUUGUACAACUUGGCACUCAUUUUCUUUCUUUUUAAAUACUUAAUGUUUUCUUACACUAGCAUAUUGUGUACUGUGGCCUGCUACUGUCUUUAUGAAAAUCUUGAGACUAGGCCCAGUAAACACAAUACCUUCAGUCCAACAAAGCACCUUAUUUUUCCUCUAUUGCUAUUUUCUUUUUCUGGAAUAUUUUGGAGGAAAAAGCCUCAAUAUGUUCCUGUGCUUAAGAUCUUAUGCAUAAACUAUGAUGUGCAUCAGUGAAGCUGAGGGUAAAUGUAGGAUCAGCUGAAAUGUCCUAAUAGAAUGUGUGGUGGAUGGGAUAGCCUCAGAGCUGAAUUACAAAAGUGCAUGUGAAUGAAGUCAACAUUAUGUUACUGAAGUAGCUUACUUUAAACUGUUGAUUUACACUAGCUAGACUAGACAAAAAACAUAUUUAGUAGUAGAUUAAGGAUGUUUCAUUUUACUGACUCUAUGUAUGUUGAUGUUUUAUGAUGUGAUUUUUGUUUUAACUCUGCACUUUACUAUUUAUUGUUUGUUUUUAUAUGAAGGAAUGCCAAUGUAAGGUUCUGCUGGAAAAUCAGAGAACAAGAUGGUUAUUUCACUAUGUCGGUGGAAUAUUCUACCUGUUUUAUAGCUGUUCUGUGGAUGUACACCACCUUAUUGUCACCAUAUAUAAUCUUAUAAUUUCAUACUGUUUAGUGUAUAACAUGUAACUAUUAGAUUUAAAAACUGUGUAUUUUUAAUACAUAGAGGAUUAAACAAUGGAAAUAAA